UUUAUAGUACAAACUAGGAACGCCAAACUCACCGUUGUUUUCGCGGGUUAAUUGUUAUUUAUUAUUAUUAAAUAAAUUAAAAUGCCCCCCAAGAAGCGUGAGAAAGAUCUGGACUCCUCCAAGAAUCCACGAAUCGACCAUAUACAAGCCGAUCACGAAUUAUUCCUUCAAGCCUUUGAAAAACCCACCCAAAUUUAUCGGUAUUUAAGAACAAGAAAUAUGUGUUCUCCAAUUUUUCUCAACAGAACAUUAACGUACAUGCGAUAUCGGAUGUCCAGGAGUCACAAAUCACGAAUAAAUUUCAAGGUGGAUUCGAUUUUAGACAAAGUGACGUCCAGACAGGACCAUUCCACUAUACAACCAGGUUUUAUAAAUAUUACAUUCUUAGGGUUUAGUGAUAAAAGCCUUGAUCAUAGUGCUCAAACUGCUCAGGUGGAAACAGUACUUUUAAAAAUAAGCCACAAAAAACGUAAAGAUAGCUCAGCUCCAAGCAUGCAGAUUUCGCUUGGGACUGCUGAAAUCCCCGUAAACCCCGACGACCAGCAGAUACCUAUGACAGCCCCCACAAUAAGUGUUUCAACAGAUUCCUUCAACCCAUCGAACGGGCCGUUAGCGAAAUCGUACAUUUUUCUUUUCCGCGUUAAAAUUCAUAUCGAAAGAGCGAAUUCCGACGAGGAGGAACCCGCGUUGAAAAAGCGAAAAUCGAACGGUACCACUGAUAUGAUGAACGAAAAAAUCUAUGGAGCUGAGCUAACUGUGUAUGAUAAGUAUAAUCGGUGCUAUUUAGCUGACGGUGAUUACGACGUCAUACUCCAAGAUUUUACCUCGCUGACUAAAUCUUCCCCAAAAAAACCUUCGAGCUGGGAGAAUGGUAAAGAUAUCAUAGAGACCUGUGGCAAUAUUAACUUAAUGAUGAAAGGGGGUGCAAUGUUGAAAUUUAAGUUGAAUUGGUCUCCGGAAGCUUGCGCAAAGUACGUAGAUCGCCCUAAACUCUACCCUUUGAGCGAGAACAAAGAAAAUAUCCCUUUAGUUAAUAACAAUGACAAUAAGGAAAAACUUCAAAUUGUGUACCAAUUCGUGUAUAAUAACAAUUCCCGCCAGCAAACUGAAGCCUGCGAGGACUUGCACUGUCCUUGGUGUAGCAUAAAUUCUGAUCAGUUGUACACCUUGCUCAAACACUUGAAGCUGUGUCAUUCUCGAUUCACGUUCACGUAUGUUCCAAUAUCAGUGGGGGCGCGUAUCGAUGUGGCUAUCAAUGAAUUGUACGAUGGCUCGUACACUGGGUCGCCACACGACUUGAUCUCCCAACCCACGGUGUGUGCGUUUUCGAGGAACGGUCCAGUUCGCAGAGCUUCAGUCACCCAUAUCCUGGUGUGCCAUCCGAAACGUGCCAAACCCAGCUUAUCCGAAUUCCUGGAGCUGGAUGACUGCGAAUAUGACGGCCAAAGACCAUUUAUCACGGGCCAUAAUCGUCUGUAUCACCAUACAACGACCUGCCUGCCCAUUUAUCCCAAAGAGAUGGAUGUAGAUUCGGAGGGGGAGAAUGAUCCAGAGUGGCUCCGAAACAAGACCAUGAUGAUGAUCGACGAGUUCACCGACGUGAAUGAAGGCGAAAAGGAGUUGAUGAAAAUGUGGAAUUUGCAUGUGAUGAAGUAUGGGUUCGUGGGAGACUGCCAAAUACCGCUAGCUUGUCAGAUGUUCGUGCAACAUAAGGGCAAAGAAUUGUUGCUGAAAAAUUUAUACAAGAACUUUGUGUUGCACAUGGGGAGUUUGUUCGACUUCGGGUUGGUUAGUGCGGUUUGCUUGUACACGACCAUACAGAAACUUCAAGAAAUGGCUGGUGAGACAGGAGCCAUACGUAACGUUCUGAAGGAAUCCCGCGAGGCACAGAUCGACAAUUGGUCGAAAAAUGGAAUUCAAAGUAGUGAUAAACCCAGUACAAGCAAAAGUACUGGGAGGAAAACAGGGAACGUGGGGAUGCAGAGGAGGAAAGGAACGCCGACGCCUUCAGAAACCCCCAUCAGGAGGAAAUCUGUUGGAGGAGAGACGAGUAGGAAGCGUCCCUAAACAAAGAUUAGGUAGUUAUAAAAAGGUAUUAUGCGUGUGAUAUCCGACUUCUGUUUUGUCCAUAAUCAGAAAUUUUGUAUAGCAAGACUGUAAAAUAAUCAAUACGAAAUAGUUGGACGCUAUUUCUGAAUAAAUUAUUGACUCGUAUACCAAUAUAAUUUUUUAAAGUCUGCAUUUUCUUUCGCCGGCUUGUCUGUAGCUUAGAACUGUAAUUAUUUCUAAAGAUUCACUGCCUUAUAAAAUUGGCCUUCUAGUCAAAUAAUUUUGUAACCUAUUGAAUUUAUUUCUAUCAUUGUUUUAAAUAAUUAUUUUACAAUAGUUGAUUGCAAUUAGGCCUUGGAUGUGCAUUACUCAUUUUAGAUUACAUAAUUUUUAUCAAAGUCCCAGACGCUAAUUGUGGUCAGCUAUAUCACGUUAGUAAAUUUUAUAAACCCAUAUCAGGGUUAAUUUAAUCUCAAAUAUACAUGAUAUUGCGUAUAAGACACAUAUGUUUACAAUUUACGCAAUGACAUGUUUAUAUAGUGUAAUUCGACACUAUGUUAAGUGUUCAGUUUCGCACAAAUAGGAAAUUGAAUUAAUCCCAAAUUUUAAAUCAAUGACUUUUAAUUGAUGCAACAUUCUUGUAAUGUUUAAUUUUAUUAUUUCCCUAUGUGCUGUAUAUACUGUACGUGUUCAAUUUUAACUUUGUAGUUUUUUAAUAUAUUGUAAGUUAUUUACUUUUUUAAUUAUAUUGUUUUCUUUCAAA